AUGAAUUAUAUUUGGGAUAUGGAGCACAAUCUGCCCUACCUCUCGGAGGACAUGCUUGCGGCUCUUGUAGAACACAACUCCUGUCCAUUGGCUUCUCUCUCAACAGAAGAGGCAGCACUUUGUUGGGAACUUGACCAAGAGCUGAUGCAAACUCAAGCUAUUGCAGGACGGUCACCGAUUAGUGCAAUGUUGGAUAAAAUUGUUUUUAUCUAUCAGUCCAUUUCGGUCAAGCUCCCUGUCAGCAGCCCAUCCGUUAAAUCCGAAUGUAGCAAAUACGUGGAAGAUUCUAGAGUGACGUCGAUUGCCGCCGCCCGCGGAUCGAAUGAACUCGUUGAGGCCGAAGAAGGCGAGAUCGUUGAGCAGGAAGGAUCCCCAGCCCAGUCCCUGAACUCCGCAAGACCUUCGACUCGUCCAACAGCAGCAGUAGAGGCAGCAACGGCAACUACCACAAAACCCGCUAGUGCCACACCGACGAUAACCACCGCUCCCUCAGAAAAGCUAGUCCAUGACGAGACCGGAGUCAAGCGGCGCGCACCUUCGUCGACUGAAUCAAGCCGCGAGGAUAGAAACGGUAGUGAGCAGCAACACCAGGUGAAGAGCAGUAUUCGUGAUCUCGCUUCCCCUUCCUCCUCUUCCUCACAAUCGUUGCUUGAUUCAAACUUACCUGCCAAGGUUCGAAAAAUCCGCCAUGGCGAAUCCCCCUCUGUCUCCUCUCGUUCCAGCCCUUCUGACGACCUCAAGGCGAUACACAUUGGCGACACUUCCUACUCCAACUCGCCUGCGCCGGGCAAGGAUGUUGAGAUGACGCCCGCCAGCCCAACUGGAUCAAACGCUUCGUCGGAUCAUCGCAGCACUACUAGCUCUCACCGUCAGGACCGCAAUGGGGAUCGUAGCAGGAGAUCGCAUAGCAGGGACGAGGACGACUCUUAUCGUCGUAGGCAUGGGGAUAAGUCCACCGAUCGUCACCAUAGUAGUCGCUCAAGAAGAAGCCCCAGCCCUAGACACUCCUCAUCUUCACGGAGGGAUGAGAGUCGAUCGUCUCGUGAUCGCUCCUACUCGGAUCGACGUGAUUACGACAGGGACCGUUCCUCUCGCUCGCAUGGCAAGGACUCUCGAUCAUCCCACCCCAUCAUGACUUCUGGCAGGAAUGACAGAUCGGACCGCAGCUUUGAACAGGAAUUGGAACGCUACAGUCGGGAACGGUCUCACCGCCGCGAUGAUGACCGCAAGGCAUCAAGCCGAGAGAGCUCUCGAGAGCCACGGACACGGGACGAACGCGCUACGUCUGAAAAACCUGCAGACAAGUCCACAAGUUCCCGUGCCUAUGUCGAAUCAAAGGAUGCCAAGCGCGAAUCCCAGGGCGCUGCACACAAAGGAUCAAAGGAGACAGCACCCAAAUCUCCACCUCGCACUGCAACGCCUGUCAGGACAGACACUAAGGCAGAGCCUGCCAAGAAGGAAGAGGAGCCAGAGGUCGAUAUUCCAAUUUUGAUCGAGGAGGAAAAGGACGAGGCUGCGAUUUUGGAGGAGCGCCGUAAGAAGAGACAAGAGAUGCUGCGCCGGGCCCAAUCGGCAUCAAAGCCUUCAACCCCAACACCGACCUCCACCGCCCCCAGCUCAACAGGAGUCACCCCAAUUUUGCCUUCUGCGGCUACACUCGCCAUUCAGCCCAGUAGCCCAGCAGCUGCCAGUACCCCUGGAUCGAUGAUUGAUAGCCAACCCGGCACACCAACGAGCGCAGUGGAAGACCGACCUUUCCAUCGAGCAUUGCUGUCGACACGGAAAUCCGCUAGCGACAUGGCGAUUCUGAAGUCCAAGGAUGCCUACGAGAGCGUUGCACAAGGAACCGAUGCGGAUCACGACAUGUCAGCUGCCGACUAUCAGGAGGGCGCCCCAUCCCUUCCAGCGGCAGUUACCAAUAAGGCUCCCGUUAAGGAGGCAGCUGAGAUUGACAUGUUUGCCGAAAUUGAGGACGACAUGUUUGCGAUCGGUGAAGGAGCCGAUAUCUCCAUGUCCGCCAAGCCAGUCGCUAAAGCAGCGGCAGGAGAAACGGCAGCAGAUUACAACCCGACUCUUGUUGACAACUGGGAUGAUUCCGAGGGUUACUAUCGAUUUGGUCACGGAGAACUCUUGGAUGGCCGUUAUUUGGUGACGAGCGUGCUGGGAAAGGGAGUGUUCUCGUCGGUCGUCAAGGCAAGGGAUAGCAAGAAUGGAGACGAAGAGGUUGCGAUUAAGAUCUUGCGUAGCAACGAGGCGAUGUACAAGGCGGGCAAGAAGGAACUGGAUAUCUUGAAGCGCCUCAUGGAUAACGAUCCCCUCAACAAGAAGCACAUUAUCCGUCUGUUGCGCCAUUUCGAGCACCGCGGGCACUUGUGUCUGGUUUUUGAGUCGCUGUCGAUGAAUCUGCGGGAGGUCCUGAAGAAGUUUGGCAAGGAUAUUGGACUCAAUAUCAACGCUGUCCGGAUCUAUGCGCAGCAGCUGUUCCUAUCUCUGUCGCUUCUCAAAAGGAGCAACAUCCUCCAUGCGGAUAUCAAACCCGACAAUAUCCUUGUGAACGAUUCCAAGAACAUUCUCAAGCUGUGCGAUUUGGGAUCGGCAUCGGAUACCUCAGAGAACGAGAUUACGCCGUACCUGGUCAGUCGAUUCUACCGUGCGCCCGAGAUUAUCUUGGGGAUGCCGUAUGACCCCGCGCUGGAUAUGUGGUCGAUUGGGUGUACGCUGUAUGAGCUGUUUACAGGCAAGAUCUUGUUUUCGGGCCGGAGCAACAACCAGAUGUUGAAGCACAUGAUGGAUCUCAAGGGGCCCUUCCCCAAAAAGAUGAUUCGCAAGGGAGAGUUCAACCAGAACCAUUUCGACGAGGACUGCAACUUUUUGUCGGUCGAGGUCGAGAAGGUGACGCAGAAGGAUGUCAUUCGAACGAUCCAGAUCUCCAAGCCUACCAAGGAUCUCAAGGCCCGCCUCAUGCCCUACACCAACCAAAUGGUCCCUGCCGAUGUGAUCCAGGUGAACCAUUUUAUCAAUCUUUUGGAUCGCUGCCUCAACCUCAACCCUGAACAGCGCAUUACUCCUCAGGAGGCACUCCACCAUCCUUUCAUCAAGCCCCCUAAGUAG